GCCCGGGGCCCGGCGGAGCUGAAGCGGCGGCGGCCCGCGCGCCCCUCGGGGCCGCCCCCGCGCGCGGCUCGCCGGCGCCUGCCUCUCACGAUGAUGAAGAAGAAGAAGUUUAAGUUUAAGGUGGACUUCGAGCUCGAGGAGCUCUCCUCGGUGCCCGUCGUGAACGGGGUGCUCUUCUGCAAGAUGCGGCUGCUGGACGGCGGCAGCUUCACCGCCGAGUCCCCCAGGGAGGUGGUGCAAGCAAAUUGCGUUCACUGGAAAAAGAAGUUCUCAUUUAUGUGCAAAAUGAGUGCAAGUGCUGCGACUGGCAUCCUAGAUCCUUGUAUCUACAGGGUAUCUGUGAGGAAGGAAUUAAAAGGUGGAAAAGCUUAUGCCAAGCUGGGCUUUGCAGAUCUAAACCUGGCAGAGUUUGCUGGAUCAAGAAAUACCACUCGUCGCUGUUUACUGGAAGGCUAUGAUACCAAAAAUACAAGACAGGAUAAUUCCAUUCUUAAAGUUUUGAUCAGUAUGCAGCUGAUGUCUGGUGACCCAUGUUUUAAAACACCUCCUUCUACAUCAAUGUCUAUACCAAUUGCUGGUGAAUCUGAAUCUCUGGAAGAAGACAGAAAAGGUGGAGAGACUCUGAAAAUCCAUCUUGGAAUAGCAGAUCUUUCAGCAAAGAGUGCCUCUGUUCCAGAUGAACUUGGUGCCUGUGGACAUUCUAGAACACCAAGCUAUGCAAGCCAGCAGUCAAAAGUAUCAGGUUAUAGCUCAUGCCACUCUCGGUCAUCCAGUUUCUCUGAGUUCUGCCACAGGAGAAAUACUUCAGUGGGAAGUACAUCAACAGGCGUUGAAAGUAUUCUAGAGCCAUGUGAUGAAACUGAGCAAAAAAUAGCUGAACCAAAUCUUGAUACAGCUGAUAAAGAAGAUACAGCUCUGGAAACACUCAACAAAUGUCCUGUGAAACAAGAUUCCGUAGAAUCUCAGCUGAAACGAGUUGAUGACACCAGGGUGGAUGCAGAUGAUAUUGUGGAGAAAAUACUACAAAGUCAAGACUUCAGCCUAGAUUCCAGUGCAGAAGAAGAAGGACUGAGAUUAUUUGUGGGUCCUGGUGGAAGUACAACCUUUGGCAGUCAUCAUCUUCCAAAUAGGGUGGGGCCUGGAGCUUAUGAACAAGUCGUGAUCAAACGCUAAGACGUCCUGCUGAUGCACUGAGGCUUCCCUGGGGCUUCAGCUGUGGGCAGUUGAGCUGUCAAGGCACCUUAUUCAGGCACUUAGGAGAAAAUGAUCCUGUUUUUAAAAUUGAAGUUUGUUCAUCUAUCAAGAAAGGCAACACCGAGUCUUCUCUGCAGCCCUCAACUGUCCUCCCAUGCAUCCUGGCAGUCUCGAGGGGUGUGGCACGUGCGCCAGUGGCAUACAACUCCUAGGUCACUGCACAAGAUCGGGAAAACCUGUUGUUCUUUCCAGACAUCCUGAUGAGGAAAACAGCGCUAUACAUCUGAAUACAGCUUCAUUGUCAAAAUGUGAUAGAGGUGCUCAACAGAUUUGGGCUCUGAUUAUUUUAUGUUCAAGAGACAAUAAGUGAAUAUAACUAAAACCUUAUAAAUUCUGUAAAGAUGGUUAUUAUUCCUAUUAAGAAAAUCUUCCAUAUUAUACUAUCUGCAGUAUUGUACUAAGUUUAUUAUUAACUCUUUGAUGCAAUAAUUGAUAUAAAGUGUGGUUGUUCAUGCUUUGGGGAAAUGUUAUACUGCAAUUUAAACAUGUGAAAUGCUUGAUAAUUCCGAAUAUAUCAGUCAUAAAUUGAAUAGCAAGUAUAGUUUAAGUCUGAGCUUUGUGAAUGGGUAUGAUGUCAUUAUUAUGCAGUAGUAUUGUCCCAUGUGGUUAAUAUUAAGUGAACUGCAGAACUCCCACUGGCACUAUAUAGGAGAUGCAAGUAAGUUUAAUAUUCAGUAUGUCAGGCUACCAUAAGGCACCCUAACAAAGUUCAUUCUUUGAACUGAAUAAUAUCUGCUGGUUUCAGGAAUCAAAAUUUAGAAUAACAGGAGAAAAAUUGUGAUGUAACCAGGAACAGAGCAGCCUUCCCUCUGUAAGACCAGACUUACUGAAACUGAAAAUUAUUCCAAGGAGGAGGUGGAUGAAAGACAAGGGACAGUUACUUGUCAUUACCAACAUGGAUUCUGUGGUUUUCUAUUUUAGCCUCCAUGAUCAGAUACUGUGUUUUCUUCAUUGCUAUAGAGAAGUUAAUUGUUUCGAGGGAAGAAUACAAUAUAACAUACAUAAGGAUAUCUGAUCUGGAUCCAGUUUAACAACACGGAAGAUAAAUCUUAGUAUUUUUUUGCUCUUACAUGACAGUUAUCACAUGAAAAGUUGUGUUUCCUUGGAUUCACUCAGUUAUGAAGAAAAAUUGUAAAAUCUGGAAUAAUUCCCCGUCCUUAUUUUUAAAACCAUGUCCAGAAAAUGUUAUAUGGUAGAAAAGAAUUCCUUGGUUAUAGUUUUUUCGUGUUAUUAGCAAAAUAAGGGAAGAAAUAUAUUAUUUUAAGAAAGUAUUUUAGUAUUCAAAUUUAGAGAUUAGGCAAAAUUUGAAUGGUUCAUGUUAGGUGGUUUUUCUUUUUAAUAUUUCAAAUAUGGCUUUUCGAAAUUAAGCCAAUACUACUUUUACAAAUAGGUUGAGAUUUAAAGAGAUGACUAAGUCCCAUUUUAGAAUAUUUUGAAUGUAGAGAGAGAGGGUUACCUGAGUCAUCAGCUUACUUCCUGAUGUUUUCAGACUGGUUUUGAACAGAAAAAAAACAAAAUGACCUGAACAUUUCAGUCUAACCAAGGAAAAUGUUGCCCUAAAUGGUAGACUUGCCCUCUAUGAGUAAACAAGUGAACUUGUUUUCAAUAGAGAUAUGAACAUAUUCUUCAGAGAUAUUUAUUGUGAUGUCUUAAAAACAUAUUUUUCUAUUUUCAAGAUAUUGUUUCUAGACUAUUUUUUAUUGGCACUUAUGCAAAAAAAUUUUGUGGUUUUUUUUUUUUAAUGAUACUACUAACUAGAUUGCAAGUGAGGUGGUUAUGUGAAAGGUGCUGUUUUCAGGGCCCGGCCCCUGUCUUUGCUGGCUUUGCCCCAAAACCUUUACAUAAGAAUGGCUUUGAGUAUUUAAAAUGAUACCAAAUUAUUUUUAAAAAAUAAGAUAUGGACAGAUUUUGAAAAGAAUAAAAAUUAUGCCUUUAUAAUUUCAGCAAUCAGCAAAACAACUUGAUUUGUAUAGUGAUUAUAACACAGUGACAUUGAUCAGGGAGGAAAAAGUGGAAGUCUAGAUUCAUUUUAUUCUGCUGUGUUCUUCUAGCGUACUUUGCAGUCAUAUUUCACUACAAUCCUUCCAAAGUACUUGUUAAAGGUGGCCUAAGUGUCUUGACUUAUUUCCAGUUUUCCUUUCCUCAGAGAUUGUACUGUUACUACCUUAACUGUGAGACUGUGAAAAAUGCUUAUUAAAAAUACCAAAUCCACUUUGGCUCUGUUUUAAGUUUAAAAAACUGAAUUUGAAAAACUAAAUGUUAACAGGUGGAUUUUUAAAUACUGAAGUCAAAUUUCAAAUCACCCUGUCUUGGAGAAUUUGCAGGUAUAUAACUUUUUCUACUUCUGUCUUAGAGAAAAUCGGUGGUAUUUUAAAGUUAUAUAUUUGUGAACUAAUAAAAAAAGAGUCCUAAAUAGCUUGUUUGAGGGAAAUAUCAGGGCCUUUGGGGAGCCCACUUCCUCUGACUUGAGCUGGUGACUGAGACCAGAAAGGAUAUGAAGGGUAGUAAAGACAGAUGAGGCCCAAAACCAUCUUUGAUGGUUGACUCAUGUGUGGUUUGCAGUGGUGUUGAAGGCUUUUAUAUACAAACAACUAAUGUGCAUUAGUUCUUACAAUCUGAAAAAAAUCCCUUGAUCAUGAAGUCCACCAUCCCAUUCCAGCAAAAUACUAUUAGAAUGACAAUAUACAAACUAGAUUCUUCAUUCUGUGAUUUGUUUUUUUUGCAUGAAAACAGUGAGCCACAGAAUUCCACCCACUUGUUGCUAGAAGGAAAAUCUCCAGGUAGCCUCUGGUCAAAACACAUUCAAAUUCAGUAGAAUUGAGUUUUAAGAAAUUAAAACAUCCAGAAAUAAUUUGAGAUUUCCAUGCAAAGUGGGUCACAUUGAAAGCUCAAGUUGACUGUUAUUAAGUAUUCCAUCCAAGUACUCUGAAGUGUUAGGCUUCAGUAAAUAACGCUUCUGGUAUAAUAAUGCUCUGAAGAUACUGGGGUCAUUGACAAUGCUGCCUUUUAUUUUAAUAGUCUUUAACUGAGGCGGUUCAGAAAUUAUACUGGUCAGUUCUCUCAGAUGGUACGUCAUGUGACUACAGUCAAGCUCUAUCUAGUUUAAAUUGUGUUAUGCCACUACUUGUAUGUUGACUGAUGUACUGUGCAUAAUUUUAAUAGCUGAGAUGUUAAAGAAUAUGAAAUACUCUAAAAAUAUAAAGGAUGAAGUAUGCCUAUAUUAAUCCUGUUUUAAGACUGCCCUGGAAAUAAAGACCUUAGGAUUACCUUAUAUAUGUGAUUUUUCAUAAGGUAAUAGAUAUACAAUAUAUUUUAAAUGGUAAUAUAGGUCAUGUGACAAAGCUGGGAAAAAAUCUUUAAUUUACUCAGAUAGCAUACUCUGCCAUUAUAAAUAUGUUCAUCUUAUAUAUAAAACAAAAGUAUCUUGCUGACCAAAUCCCAUGCAGAGAAAGACAGGAUAUAUAUUCAAUUUCCUUUUGUUUUGGAGAAAUACAUCUUAUUUGGGGGAUCACCCUCCUCUUGUGUUUUUAUUUGAUCCUCUGGAAGUUGAUAUAAUUGUGGAUAAUUAUGUAAAUGUUUAUCAAAAAAUGUUACUGAAGUGAUUCCAUUAGUAUUCUGUUCUAAUACUUGGGAAUGACCUUCAUAUUAUUUAUAUAUUUGUUUUACCUAUACAACUAUAAGUGUGGGAAACAUCCUUUUUUUUAACAAAAACUAAUUUUUUAUUAUAAAGUAUUUGCAAUAAUGUAAAAGUGAAUCUUAUAUGUGUUCAAUAAAAUCAUAUCCUAAAAUUUAGAGUG